GGCAAACAAGUUGAAGAUCAUGUAUGGCCAAACGCGCUGAGCAGCUUUACUACAGGCAAGGGACACCAUUAAAUUAACUUACAGAAUAACCUUUAUUUGGAUGUUCUCCUACAGGAACAAGUCAUGAUUUUUGUUUUGAGUUUUCCUUAAUGAAUAUCUUCUGGCCUUUCCCCUUAUCCCUCCCAAACCCCCAAAAUAAAACGGCAGUGUUCUCUCCAUGUUCAAAAUUGGUCGCUGCAUCUAAUCUAAGACAUUACAUUGGAAUCGUAAAACAUAUAAACAGACUAUACACCAUGGAGUUACUUGUUUUUUCUCUAAAAUCAAAUCACAUUUUAUUGGUCACAUAAGAGGAUGAUCAGAUAUUAUUGCGGAUGUAGCGAAAUGAUUGUGUUUUUAGCUCCAACAGUGCAGUAAUAUCUAACAAUUUCACAACAACACACAUCUAAAGUAAAGGAAUGUAAUUAAGACUAUAGACUGAUACUACGGUAAAAUAUAGAAUAGAAUACAGUAUAUACACAUAUUUUGCAUUAUUCACCUCAUAUGUCAACAUGUAACGCAAAAAAACAACUAACAAUUACUUAAAUACACAAUGCAAAGACGAAAUGUAAGACCAUUUAAGACCAUAUGAUACUAUUCUAAUUAUUAUUUAACCCAGUUGCAGCCGAUAGUAUUUUUCAGUUAGAACACGUUUCUGGCGUCCUUCUACCGUUACACAGGUGUUUGGUGCGCCCUAACGCUCGAAAACCCAGUUGGCCAGCCAUGGGCAAAGCUGUGUAAACUCCAAUUCCGACGCUGUGUUAGAAAAGUCAACAAUCAUCGCUGCGAAAAGGUUUUUGAAACAUAUGUCCCUUAUCUUCCAUAUGAGCGAGAAAGAAUCUUUCAAUGAAAAAAAAGACACUUACUGUAACGUUAACAGACUUACACAGAUCCACACGUCGUGCCUCCAGUUGGCCGACUACACACAGGUGUUCAGGGCAUGCUAGAUAGCUAAUUAGCUGGUCACCACUUCCGUCUGUCUUCCGUAAACAAGCAUAGUAACAUGGAGAUAUGGCCGUGAGAAAACACUAACCCGUUAAUGGUGUGUAGUAAUUUAACCUUUUGCUAUUUCUCGCUCAUUUGUAAGUUCUGCAUUCACUAUUGGAUGCGGAAAAUAAGAGGGGAAACCCAAAAUGGAAAUAAACAAACUUAAAGGACCGGCACUUUCUACCAUUCUUCUUGAACCAACCAUCUCCCUUUUCCCUCAAUUUUUAACCGACUCAAGCUUACCCUCUUCCUCCCCUUCUCUCAGACCCCUGCCUCUCUUUUUCCCCUCCAUAUUCCAAGUAUACGUCUCCUUAUGAUAAUACUGCACUUCUCCUGAAAUACAUCUUGUUCUUUCCUUUUCAAGGGACGCCAUUUAACCGGCUGUCAAUCUCCGUACAAUCAGCACGAACACCUCGAUGCUUCACCUGACAAAAGGAUGUGUGGGGUGCUUGCUUUCCAGGCGAGCAGUUUUGGCACUGACAAACAGUGGUGCAAGGAUGUCAAGCCAUGACCACCAAGAGGUCUCCGACAACUUGGACAUGUCCCAGCCAAUGUACUUGGAUCGUCUGGACACCCCUCUGCCAGACAGACCAUGGAAGGAUGUCCUCGACUCUACGGAUAAGAGCCUGAAACAGAAGGAGAAGGGUCCCUGGACUGCACUGUCCAAGGAGGAGAAAAUCGCCUUGUACAGGCUGAAGUUCAACCACACCUAUCCUGAGAUGAAGAGGCCCUCCCAUGAAUGGAAGACUGUGAUUGGUGGGAUGUUCAUAGUCUUUGGCAUCACUGGUCUGGUGGUCUUUUGGCAGUGCCACUAUGUGUACCCACCCCAACCUCAUACCUUUGGUGAGGAGUGGCAGGCUAAGCAGAUCCAGAGAAUGCUGGAUAUGCGGAUCAAUCCAAUCACGGGCUUCUCUGCCCAGUGGGACUACAAGAACAAACAAUGGAAGUAAAGGAAGGGAAUAGACCACUGCUGGAAGGAGAAAUGUUUCAACUUGACACCUUGAGCCUCUGUUCAGCCACCAUAACAGCAAUCCAUCCAUCUGAAUCCAUUCUCUUACUAUUUGAGUAAUAAAUGACUAAACUGGUUUCUUUCUCUCUCCAUCUGAGAAAAUAACAGUAUAAUAUGAGCUGCUUGUCCUCAACCUAAUUUCUGCUUUAGUGUUCCUGUGGUCUUCUGUCUGAUUUGGCCUUAAGUGAAUGUGUCAGGACCAACAAAAAAAACCCAGACUUCUGUAUUAUCCCCUUGCUGUGAAACCCAAGGCAUAUUUUGUUAGAGGAAUUUCUACUCAUGGUCAACUGUUCAAAGUAUCAGUGUGUACACAUCAAAUCCUUGUGCCUUUGUUCUCCUUCCCUAAAACCUGUUAAAAUUGCAAAUAAUGUUAGUUCUGUAGAAAUAAAUUCAGUGUUCUCCAUGUUC